AUAAAAGCCAGUGCCCAGGGCACACGGAGUUAACUGCAGACGGAACCAGACCGUUUCCGACCUCCGCCAAGUGAUUGAUAGAUCGAUCAGCGGGCCAUGGAGGACGGGUUCACGUACGAAGAUUAUCAGAACACUGCACGAUGGCUUCUCAGUCACACCAAGCACCGGCCCAAAGUGGCAGUGAUCUGUGGUUCUGGGUUAGGAGGUCUGGCUGACAAAUUAACUCAGGCCCAGGCCUUUGACUACAGCGACAUACCCAAAUUUCCGCAGAGCACAGUGCCAGGUCAUGCUGGUCGACUGGUGUUUGGAUUCCUGAAUGGCAAAGCCUGUGUGAUGAUGCAGGGCAGAUUCCACAUGUAUGAAGGAUACUCGCUCUGGCAGGUGACAUACCCCGUGAGGGUUUUCCAGCUUCUGGGAGUGGAUACGCUGGUGGUCACCAAUGCAGCUGGAGGGCUCAACCCCAAGUUUGAGGUUGGAGACAUCAUGCUGAUCCGUGAUCAUAUCAACCUACCUGGCUUUUCUGGUCAGAACCCUCUCAAAGGGCCCAAUGAUGAGAGGUUUGGAACUCGUUUCCCUGCCAUGUCUGAUGCUUAUGACCGGAAUAUGAGGCAGAAGGCUUUCAGUGUCUGGAAAGAAACGGGGGAGAAGCGGGAGCUCCAGGAAGGCACCUAUGUGAUGCUGGCCGGCCCCAACUUUGAGACUGUGGCAGAGUGUCGCCUGCUGCAGCAGCUGGGGGCAGAUGCUGUUGGCAUGAGCACCGUACCGGAAGUUUUAGUUGCGCGGCACUGCGGACUUCGCGUCUUCGGCUUCUCCCUCAUCACUAACAAGGUCGUCACGGAUUACGAAAGCCGGGAGAAGGCCAACCACGAGGAGGUUCUAGAGGCUGGGAGACAAGCUGCAAAGAAGCUGGAGCAUUUUGUCUCCCUUCUCAUGGCGAGCAUUCCACCCUCUGACAAUGCCUAAUACCCACUCCGGAAGUGGGCGGGUGCCUCCCUGGUGGAAUCCAGGUGGCUACUGCCUACUUUGGCCCUGCUAGUGCCUCUGCUCUUAGGUAGCGGGAAGGAAAUGAGCUCUUUAUCCCUCAUAUUCUCUACUUUCUCCUAUCAGACCUUUCUGGUACCAAGUCCUCUUGCUCAGUUGUCUUCUCAAAGCAGUUUUUCUACCCUGUUCUUCUGGAAGAACUGGAGCCCAGUGCCCUACCACUCCUUGGGACCUGCCCAUGAUUUGACAUCGGCCUUUGAACUCCAAACAAUAGCUACUACUAAUUCUCUGAGAUGACACUCAUGUUCUUGGGGCUCUGUUCUGCCUCACAGCACUAAAGAGCAAGUAAGGACCAGCUCAUACACCACAGUAUUUUGAGAAUAAAAAGAUGAAAUUAUUUUUUUACUUUUUUGUGCAACUUGGGAUGAGGCUGGAGCAGAGGCCAAGACUGACACAGACUGUUGUAAGACCCCUGGUCUUGUGUGACUGUCUCCUUCUCACAUAAUAGCUAAGAACUGAGAUGAGGUGUUCUGUGAGCAGCAAAAGAUGAAGGAAAGAUAGAAUGAUAAAGGGCAUUAUGGCCUUAAUUGUCACUUCUUUACUAAGUGCUAUCUAGUCAUUAUCCUUCGCCUUGCAUUCCUUCUCUCCUACCCCUGUGCGUGCUGCCAGCCACCCCACUGCUGACGCAAUUCCUUCCUGCCAGCCCCAGGAAAACCUGUGAAAUUGGUUCAUACUCAGCUUCUCUCAGAGCACCUGCUUUCCUCCUACUGCUUGCUUUCUGGGGUUUGCUCUUGCUUUUGCUUGGUCAAACCUCCCUGUACCCUGCAUUCAGGCAGAGUUCUUCGUUGGCUCACCACAUGCUUUUGCUUAUUGGCUUACGUGCAGCUGCCUGGCAUGUUCAGAAACCACGCUGCCCUCCCAGGCCUGUGUCCUUUUAAGAAAGGACAGUGCUGCCUCCUGCAGCAGCCAGUCUGGGCAGCUUAGUGAGAUUGUCUCUGGGCUGAUGUGGUAAUAGUGCCGCUGGGGUUUCAUCCUCAGUUCCCAGGGCCACCAUAAUACAAAACAAAACAAAGAGUUGAUGGGCCCCUCUUUGUCAUGACAUUUCAGCUUUAGUGGCAUAACAUGGAAGGAAUAUUUCAGACAGGAGACUUUUGAGAACUCUUUCAAAUUAUCCUUUGUUUGGUAACUGAUCUACUUAGAUGAGCCCAGCCCAAAGGAAAGUCAUCCCGGAGUGGGUGCAUCACUGCUGUUCUUCAGUUCUCUACACACCAUGUAACCCUGCUUGGACCUCCACACGGCCUUGCAGAAUGUGUCACUGGUUUCCAGUUGGGGGACAGCACUGUGUUUCUUUGGACAGACAUGACUAUAACUUGUUCAUGUGAUGAGAUGGCUUAUAGGUAUUUUAAUCCCUGAAUAUUUCUUUGUGUAGCACUUGGCUAAUAAAAUGCUAACUUGAAAAUAUAAAAA